CGCGGCCAGCAGCUACCUGAGCCUGACGCCCGAGCAGUGGAGGUCCCGCAGAAGCUACAGCUGCCAGGUCACGCAUGAAGGGAGCACCGUGGAGACGACAGUGGCCCCUGCAAAAUGUUCAUAGGUUCCCAACCCUCACCCCACCCACAGGGGCCUGGAGCUGCAGAAUCCCAGGGGAGGGAUCUCUCUGCAUUCCAAGCCAUCCAGCCCUUCUCCCUGUACCUGGUUGUGGCUGCUGCAACAUCAGAAUCCACUACUGUAGAGCCUGGCAAGCUGGAUGUGGGAGCCACCGAGGACCACGACCUGCAGCACAUCAGCAACCAAAAGAUGCCCACAGCUCCUGUUCCAGACCUGGUGGAAUGUGACCUUGAUAUUGUGGAGGAGAUGUUACCUGAAAUGAUGAACUAUACAGCCCAAAAUUCCUACUGUUCCCCUGAGGACAGCCUGAGUUUAAAAUCUCUACCACCAAGUGAGGAAGACAAUGAUGAUGCCCAGAUUUUACCAUCACGUUUCCAGGCUUCUCCUGAGGACAACCUGAGUUUUGUGAGCCUAUCACGAAAUGAAGAUUAUGAUGAUGAUGAUGAUGAUGAUGAUGAUGAUGAUGCCCAGAUUUUACCAUCACGUGUCCGGGAUGAUCUUCCUGAGAACACCUGCUCUUUUCUGCCUCUGCCACUGCAAAAUGUCAGAACCUUUGGUUUGGGAUGCAGUUCUGUCACAGGCAGUUACUUAAUCCUGGAGACAAUUCCUCUGCGGUGUGCCCAGAUGCAUAAGAGAAAUGGAUCCUCACCUUAUGAACUGAAAUGUUGGUUUUCUGAUGUGAGAAACAAACUCACCAGUCUAAACCCAAAGAACAGACUCAUGGAGCUGAAAAACAGCAAAGUGAGAUUUUCUUUCCUUUUUUUUUUU